UCCAGCCCAGAGCAGGUUGAACGUAUCUAUCUUUACUCUUAUUUUAAUCAUCUCAUCUGUUAACCCCUUUGCUUUCUCAUCGUCUGCCUCCACAUCAGACACGAGCCAGCUGGUAGGAAGCCCCGGGGCAGACCCAGAACACGGUGGAGGAGUUAUAUAUCUCAUCUGGCCUAGAAAUACCUCAAGGAGGUGGAAAACGUUGCUGGGGAGACGGAAGUCUGCAGUAUUUUGGUCAGCCUGCUGCCUGAGACCUGGUUAUGCUGGUUGUUUGGAGAUGAAGCUGUGUCUUCUUCUUGUCUUGUUUUGCCUCUGCUGUCCAGGACUGACUGAGGAGCCCAGUCCAGCAGCUCCUGAUGUCUCCGCUCCUGUACACGUGGAGGAGGAGAUGGAGGAGGAGGUCCACAGCUGUGGGGGAGGGCGGGUGUUCAGCUCAGAGGAACACAGGGCGAUAGGGGGCGCCAUAGAGCGACUGGGUUUACAAUUCCUGGAAAAUCUCCCCAUCAGUCCACAGCAGCCGAACGUCGUCCUAUCACCUCUCAGCCUGGCCCUCGCCCUCGCUCAGCUAACCUUAGGUGCUUGUAAUGAGACAGAGCAGCUGCUGCUGAGGAGCCUUCAUGCCGUCAGUCUGCCAUGUUACCACCACAUACUGGGAGGCCUUGCGCAUCAUGUCAGCAACACGUCCCUGGAGGUGGCAGCUCGCAUGUACCUGAGACCAGGAUUUGAAGUGAAGUUGUCCUUUGUUGAGGACUCUCUGGCCAGGUACCAAUCGUCCCCCGUCCCUCUGGUCUCUGUGGAGGAGGUCAACCAGUGGGUGGAAAACGCCACCAAUGGACACAUCUCCAACUUCAUGGAAAGCAUUCCACAUGACGUGGUGCUUAUGCUCAUGAACGCUGUGUACUUCAAAGGUGAAUGGCAGACCCAGUUUGACCCCCUGGUGACCUCCAAAGGAAUGUUCUACCUAGAUAACCAGAACUCUGUGUUGGUGGACAUGAUGAAGUCUGCCCAGUACCCUCUCCGCCUGCUGAGCGAUCCAGAGCUGAAAGCACAGGUUGCCAGUCUUCCCUUCAAGGGAAACACCAGCUUCUUAAUCGUCAUGCCCUUUCCAGGCAGCGGAAACGUGUCAUCGGUCCUUCACAAACUGAACAUCUCAGACCUUUACAGACGUUUACCUCAGCAGCAAACAAUGCAGGUCAGCUUACCUAAAGUGAAGCUGCAGUACAACCAGGAGCUCCAGGGAGCGCUGACCAGCAUGGGCCUCAGCUCUCUGUUUUCAGGUCCAAACCUUUCUGGGAUUUCCGACCACCCUCUGAGGGUCACAGGCGUCCGCCAUGCCAGCACCAUAGAACUCAGCGAGGAAGGCGUGGAAGCGUCCGCCACCACUGUUGUAACCUCCAUGCGUUCCAUCUCCCUCUUCUCUGUCAACUCCCCUUUCCUCUUCGCCCUUGUUGAUGAUGCCUCCCUGGCCCCCCUCUUCAUGGGCAUUGUCACAAACCCAGCUCCCGACAAUGGCCCCAUGCUUAAUGAUGAUCCUAGCCACAACAGCACCAUGAGCGACCAGCCUGUGACGGAAAACGCCAGGAGCAUAGACAUAAAUAGCGAACACAGGUCUUGCAACAUGACAGUGACGGCAAAAGACAGUAGCAUGCGGUCAUGUAGCGCCCCUGCUGGUGAGAGGGAGCAGCUGCAGAGUGUGAAUGGACUGGAGGGCAGCGGCAAGAAAAAGAAGAAGUAACACAGAGAAAAGAAUCUGCUCCAAACCAGACGACUCUGCACCUGCCUGAAGUUUUAAAUCUCAAAGGAUAGGUAGACAUUUUUGGAAAUACACUUGUUGGCUUAUUUGCUGAGACUUAUGGUCUUUACAUACGGGGGCAUGACCAAUAAGGGUUGGGUAGGGAUGUCAUUAACCGCUGAGAAUAUUUUAUACCAGUUGCCCAUGGGUUAAUUUUUUUGCUGCUUCUCAGUUUAGUAGUAGCACUAUUCUGUUCUACUUUAAGAACAAAGCUAUAAGGGAAUGUAUGCUACACUGGUUAGCUAGCCUUUGCUGCUCUGCACUGUGUACAACCCAACUAGUUAGCUCAUUACCACUGGUAACUCUGUGCCGACCCAUGGUGGCGGGACACCGUUACUGCAGAAACAUUGUGCCCAUCCUCUGUUCUCCCCUCAGGUCACCCAGUGAGGAAAUGGCUUAAUUUUAACUGCGAAACCCCUGUAGCAUCUUCUGUUAGCUCUGUUAGCACCAAUAGAUGUAUAAUAACUGCUUGCCUGGUGUAUACGGCAAAAAGUUUCUAGCCUCUGGGAUUUAUAUGUAGCAGUAUUCGUGUAGCAGUGUUUUUUCCGCUGGCUCUGCCCAGGAGUUCUUGCUCAGCUCAUAGACUUUACAUUGUGAUGAUGUCACAAUAUUUAAUUGCUUUUCUGGGCUUGAGGAGGUUUUGUAAAUAUAAACCUCCCUCCUCCCCAAAAUUCACAAUAGAAGAACUCAUAAUUGAACUUGUUUGCAGUUGGAGGUGUCGACACCUUUACAGACGUCUCUUUUAUAGUGGUGGUCUACAUGGAAAAUGCUUUUUUGACCGCAGGGGAUCUUUUUGCUGCAAUAACACAAGUGACCACUGGAAAAAUCUACAAGCAAGACUGGAUGGUGUCCCUGGGGGCCGGUUAGCACUGUUAGCAGCAUCAACACUGCUAGUGGUGCUAACAUACAUUAGUUAACAAUACUAAGGGAUUUUGCGACUCAGAAUAAAGGUGCUUACUAACUAUGGCAACCUGGGCGAGCUGGAGGGUGGCUACCAUGUUUCUGCAGCAAUGCUGUCCCACCACCAUGUCUCAGGACAGCGUUACCAGCAGUAAUCACUGAUUGAGUGGUGCCGCUAGCUAGCUCCCACCUGACCUGGGUGGAGUACAAUGCAGAGCAGCAAAGACUAACAUUAGCUAAUCAAUGGAGACUGGAAAUAUGAAGCUAAAGCUAGUUAGCUUAGCAUAGCAUGAUGACAGGAGACAGUGGGGCACAGCCAACUAGCUCUAUCCAAAGCUAGCAACUCUAUCAGCACCUCUAACGCUCGCUGACUGAUGUGUUUAAUGUGUAAAAAGAAAGUGAAGGAGCAUAUUUCCAAAAUUGUCAAACUUUUUCUUUUCAGUAGUUUCAGACGUGCAGCAGAGGACGAACACCUUGGUUUUGUGUUGCUCUCAAGGAACUGAAGUUCAACAUGAAAAAAUACAAAUGCACUAUAGUGAUUCUUACUGAGAGUUUUAGAAGUCAACAAACUGAAAUACUCUUAAAUCUCACUUCACAAAUGUAUCAGAUGGAUUUGUUUCAUUGAACUUGUCAGGUUUCUGUUGUGAUCAAACUACAGAGUUUAAUGACUGUUAAUACACUUCAUGAGGCCUGGUGAUGUGUUUCUAGACAGGUUUAACAUUUGAUUAAAGAAAGUACUGCGUUGUUUUUGUUCAGACAAAAACACACACGAGUGGCUAAUUUUCACUCAGUCGCCAGGAAGGAAAUAUUGUCAUUGCAUGUUUCUGCAAACCACAGAUACGUUACAUUUGUACGUUUCAUAUCAGAGUUUCUAAAGUGACGAAAUAUCUAAGCUGACUUUGUCAUCAGGAGGUGGAGGGGAUGGUGGCUGAUGGUGUGACACUUGAGACACACCAGCCGAGCUGCAGACCACUGCUCAUCACCAACAAACAACUAAACCUGUUGCUUUAAGCAAGACGUUGCUGCGUUUCCAGCAACUUACAUGUUUAUAGCAACCAGUUGCUGUGUUUCCAGCGGCGAUAGUGCCCCCAAAAGCAGGUAUUUUAAUCCAAAACAUGAUCUUUCUCUAACCAUAACCCAGUGGUUCUUAUGCCUAAACAUAACCACACAUUCACCAUGACAUUGUUGAAACAUUAUGUUCCAAAAUAUCUGCAACCUAAUAACGUACAAAUGUAACGAAUCCAUGAACGCACAAUGCCAACAUUUUCACUGCCUCGUUCAGCUCGACUCACUUUUGGUACCAGGUACUUUUCUUAAUUCAGUUAAGUUUUACUGCAGAAAGUCACUGCAUCAAACUUACAGUUCUCAUAAACCAGCCAGUUUCCCUCCUUUAUCCAGUUUAGUCUGCGUUGCUGCAGCUUUAGUUUAGUCAGUUCUGUUCUUUGUCUUAUUUCCUCUGUUUCUUCUUUGUCGUUAAAUUUUUUCAUGUUCAAACUGUAACAUUAAAAGUUCCUUUUGUUGUUCAAA